AUGGCAGCCGUAGGCCGCGCCGCGCGCGCCACCCGCGUAAUCGUUCCCGCAGCGCGCGCUCUGUCCACACCACCACCCCCUCCUCUGCCAUCACACCCAUUCCACAACUUCUCUCCCACCCCACCGACAUUCUCCCACCCCAACCCGCCCAAUGGCGAGAGGCCCGACGCGCCCGUCCACGAUGCAGAGUGGGAGAUCCGCGUUGGUCGCGGUAUGUUACAUCUUCGCGAGACGCUGCCCCGCCUCUUCGAUCCCAGUUUGGGCAGCGACGACCUGUUCCCCCGUGAAGUGUUUAGUCCGCAUGUCGUGCUCAAGCUCCCCUCGCCGUUUCCUAUUCGGAUCCCAGGCCUCACGGCUUAUCGGAUGGCGUUUGCGACUGGCCGGAGCGGGUUGCAUGCCCUCCACACCGACCUCGCCACGACCCUUCAACGCAUGACCUUCUCCCCGCCCCAGGCACCCCACUCCCUCGCUGACGGCUUCAAGGACACCCCUGCCGUUCGGCACCGGCAGAUCCGCGUCAUGCUCUCGCUGCACGGCAUCCCGCGUCUCCCUCCGCACCACUGCGCAGAGUGGACAACCAGCAACCUCUACACAUUCAACCCCUACUCUGGCCUCAUUGCCAGUCAUGAAGUGGAGGCAAUCCGCCCGCUGCCCGGGGAGGGCGUGGGAGAGUGGGUCAAGCACCGCCUGCUGGGGUGGACGCGUCAGGCCGAGCCGGCCGGCCCCGUCGGGUUCAGCGUUAAGAUCGAGGACGUGCGCCGAUGA